AUGCCACCGCAGAAGCCCACAAUAGAGGAAGUUGAUACGACUGGAAAUGUGUCGGCUAGUGACAGCUUGUCUCCCGAAAAUAAAGAUAUAAAGGAAGAAGCCCAGUCGAUAUACCAUAGGAUCUUUGCAGAUCGUGGUCCCAACAAAAGAAAAAUAAAAGUCAGAGAAAUAGAGGAAAUGCCGCUGGAGGUCAACGGUCCCGACUCUGACUCUGAAUAUCAGGACAGUAACGAUUCGACAGACACCGACGACGCGACAAUAGUCAGCAGUGAACUUCAGAACAUAAACAGUGAAUCCGAUGAAGCCGAGAGGGAGGAAGAUGAGUCUGUAAGCCUUAGCGAUACGGAAGACCAGAGUCAGAGGAUAAAAGACUGGCUUACAACUUGGAAACUAAAUGAUCCGGGAGUCUGUUGCAUAUGUCUUGACUGCGCAACUACCGAAGACAAUAUGCUUGUUUAUUGUGAUAAUGAUGAAUGUGAGGUCGUCACGCAUCAAGAAUGUUAUGGAAUCAUCGAUCUUCCGGGUGCCCAUGAUCCGUGGUAUUGUGAUCGUUGUCUAGCGAAACCGUCAGAAUGUGUUUCAUGCUGUUUAUGUCCGAAUAAAAACGGGGCUUUCCGGCGACUAUCGAGAGGGGCAGAUUCAGGAGGAUGGGUGCAUGUGGUAUGUGCGUUAUGGAUGCCGGGCAUGUGGAUAGGAGAUAAUGAAUUGAUUUCGGACAUAACAGUAGAACAUGUGCAGCAAAAUAACUGGCGUAAGUCCUGUUGUGUGUGUUCGUCUGGCUUAUGUGAUGAAGGUGCGGUUGUUCACUGCGAUGCUGGCGGUUGUAAGAACUGGCUUCAUGUAACUUGCGCUCAGUCGCUUAGUCUCCUCGAAGUUGUCGAGGAUGAUCCUAACAUGGCGGACCCAUACUUUAUUUAUUGUCCACAACAUGGAUCUCAUGCUGGAGAAGAUCCUCGACUUAAUGCUUGGGAAAGAUGGUACCGGAAACGUGAUGAUUACUUAUUAAACGCCCGCAAGAAUGAAGGUCUAGCCCGCACAAGACGAGUAAAUGUUGAGGAUGACAUUGGAAUGACGUUGCGCGAACUAUUUGAAGAUAGAUACUGCGAUUAUCGAGAACGUAGAGAACAGCGCAUAGCCCAAACAAGAAGACGAGUUGCAGAAGGAGCUGCUAUAGUCAAUGGCAUUAAAGAUCAAAUAAUUAAAAACGAAAAGGCUCUAGUAGAAAUAUCAGCAAAAGUCGAAAGUGCUGAGCAGGAAAGACAGGCCUUAUUAGCAUAUAGAGAAGCAAUUGCGCCUAGCCUGCACAUAUUAACAAAAGCAUUGUUAAGGACGGAUGGUCUUGCGGCUCUGAUGUCGGACAUUGCUGACGUCGAUGACGACAUAAUAAGCCAGUUUAUAGCUUUAUCAGAAGGACCUCUUGUUUGGACAGCGAGGGGAGAACAAAUAGCCAAAUCCAUAGACAUUGAAUCACUAGACAUUAGCAUUUUAGAUCCACUUGGUCUCAAGAUACCUGAUGAAUCACCUCCGCCUGAAAGGGUUUAUCAACGUAAAAAACGAACUAGAAAGCGAUGCGACGAAGGAGAUGAGAAAUUAUCACCUGUACGAGUAAAGGGUAAAGCAAAGUCAACUUUAGACCAACCUGUCAAAAAUGGUAGAGGCAGGCCUCGAGGAUCUACGAACAAAAAUAAAGCGGGGAGGAGGGGAAAAACUGGCGCACCGAGAGGUAGGCCACGCAAAAUAGCCAAUGUGAAUAGGUCGUCUGAAACGUCAGUUGCGACAGCGUCUGGUUCUAAGGAUACUGCAUUUGAGCAAUCGGAUAGAUCUGAGAGUGUUAUCUCUGUUGAAGAUAGUGCUGAUAACGACGUUGAUUCACUGAUACACAAGAAUAUGGACUCUAAUAGGGAGAUAAUUAUAACAUCGGAUGAGGAUAUGGAGGUUGAUGGUAUGGCCAACGGCAAGGCAUACAAGUCUAUUCGAAAUGCAAAUACAAAUGGUGUACAUAAAGAUGUUACAAAUAGAAUUAGAGCUGGUUCAAAGGCUUUAGCGGAUGACAAUACUACUAGGCAUACUGAUAUCUAUACUUCGAAUAUUAAUAAUUUAUUGAAUAGUCCAUUGCCGGACUUUGUUGAUGGUACUCGAAGUCCAUCGCUUUCUGUGGGAUCGAUCGACGCAACAUCGAACGAUAAGACACCAGUUAAAGAUUCUUAUCACAACUCGGCAAAUACUGCCGAAACAAAUAGAAUAGACUUGUUUACAACAAUACAACCGCCUCUCUAUAAAAAUGCAAGUGAUGAAACUACUGCGCAGACAAGUGCUACUGGAGGAAUACCAUCUCCCGUAAGUUCAGCAGAUGAAAAACUAUCAACACCUUCUAAAGUACAUGUGAGACAAUCCACCGUGAGUACAAGUUCCGUAUCUCCAUCUGGAAAUUUACCAAAAAAAAGAGGGCGAAAGCGAAAGCGGCCAAUUGAGAAAUCACCUACUGAUCGUGAUGAUGAAAAAAAUAACAGCCAAGAUACCAUGAACGGUAAUGUGGACUAUUCAGAUGAGAAACUUUCUGAUGCUCAGAGUAAUCAUAGUAUAGAUUAUGAUAGAUUGAACUAUACGAAUUCUCGUCAGAAUUUCUAUGAAGGCAUCAGAGGAUACAAUCCUAGCCAUUCGUACUACGGCAGUGCACAAGGAGAUAAUGACAGGGGCAAUAGGUCAGCAGAUACGUUAUCGCGACAAUACGAACGAAAAACGAAUCAGAUCAGUCACAAGCAUAGGAGUGCAUUCAACAGCAGGUCCAACGGCACAACAGAAAUUAUGGAGGAUAGUCCUCCAAGAAAAGUGCGUCGUACUCGAGCCCAAGAGAGGCCGAAAGCAGUUCGGCGAGUUAAAUCACAAGGACAAUCAGAAGAUAAAAUGACAACUCAUGCGAAGAGUCCAUUAGCACCAGUUGUGCCCCAACCCAUUUGCGUAUGUUGUGGUGAAGUACAGGCGCCUGAUGAACGGUCUACAGCUACACUGGUUAGUCCAGUUAGGGCCAGAGCUUCUACUAUAGUAAAAGGCAGGGACAAAGUCCAUAGGAUGAUUAGAUGCAACUUCUGUACCAAAUGGUACCACCUAGCAUGUAUGAAUCCACCGAUAAGGACUAUGCCUUCCAGUGGAUAUAUCUGGCGAUGUGAAGACUGUGAUGGCAAUUCUGAAGAAGUUGCCGAUAAACCAGGAGAGGCCACGGAUUCAAGUGAAGAUAGCAGGAAACGAAAUGGAACAAAAUGGAAACUAAGAUCGCGUAAACCGAGUGCAGUGACUCAGUAA